AUGAUAAGGGGAAAGAAAAUGACAUCUAGCCGCAGGCAUCAUCUGAAGAGUUUGAUGCUGCAGAUCGCUGCCAGUUGGAUUGAGCAGGAGAAGAAGGACAUUGAAGCUGCGAAGGAGGCUUAUGUGGCUGAAAACUGCCCAGCCCCUGACCUCAGUGGAGACCAGAAUGCCCUCAUGGAAAUCUGCAAGAAGCUCAGCCAGGUCAUCGAUAAGAUUGAUGAGGCAAGGUACGACAUCGAGGCCAAAGUUCAGAAGGCCGACAAAGAGAUUGCGGAUCUGAAGCUGAAGGUGGUCGAGCUGGCUGGAGUGAAGAAACCUGCCCUGAAGAAAGUGCGUAUGUCUGCUGACGCCAUGCUGCAGGCUCUGCUCGGCUCCAAACACAAGGUGACCAUGGACUUGAGGGCCAACCUGAAGCAGGUCAAGAAGGAGGUGAAAGAAGAGUCAACAGAGGCAGUUGGUGACUGGCGUAAAAACAUUGAGGACAAGGCCGACAGGAAGAAGAUGUUUGAGACUUCCUAAAACCCUCGAGAACUGGCGAGGACAAUGGCAGGGGAGACGUUUCCAUCUGAGGUCUGAGUGACUGAAUUCGUCUAUGUCCCAUGUGGACACUCAGGGGCAGGAGCUUAGAUGUUUUUUUGUUGUUUUUUGGUUGUUUUUGUGAUACGUCACUUCCCCAAGAGAGACUGCACCAAACACGGUAGCAUUAUCCUGUAAACAGUUAAAAUGUCUGGCAGAGAAACAUCACUUGAAAAUGUACAGGUUUUCAUGGAAUCAUUAGCAAUAAAUGUUUU